UGAAUGCAGAAUCACAUGUCUCAGUCCAUUUCCAUGUUGUUGUUUUGUUGAGCGGAACAUGUAACGUAAUCCAAGAAAGGACCACAACUGACUCACAUUUUGGGGAGCUGGAGCUUGCACAAUAGCUUUCACCUUAGAUGGUGCCUUGUGGAGACCUUCUCUGUCAAUCACAUGUCCCAAGUAUUUAACAGAAGGCUGGAAAAACUCACAUUUGUCUCGUCGUACCUUCAACCCAUAUUCUCCCAGACGUUGUAGUGUCGCAUCCAGAUUCCGUAAAUGGGACUGCUCAUCUGGCCCUGUAAUGAGCAAGUCCUCCAGGCAACACUGAACCCCUGAAAGCGCCACUUAGGAUCUGGUCCAUUGCCUGUUGAAAUAGUGCUGGGUUAGAGGUAAUCCCAAAGGGGUGCCUCUGGUACCGGUAUAUUCCUUUGUGAGUCACAAAAGUAAGCAAUUCCUGUGACUCCGGUUCCACGUACAUUUGAAGAUAUGCUUGUGAUAAAUCUGUCUUGCUAAACUUUUCACCUCCAGCCAAGCAUGAGAAGAGCUCAUCGAUGAGAGGUAAUGGGUACUUCUCAAGUUCCAGGACUGGAUUUACUGUGACUUUAAAAUCCCCACAAAUUCUUGGAGUUCUAUCCUUUUCCAUGACCGGGACAAUGCAUGUGGCCCAUUCACUAGUACUUACAGGCUCCAGAACCCCACUCUUCAGUAAUCUGUCCAAUUCUUCCUCGACUGUUGGUUUGAUGGCAUACGGAACAGGUCUAGCCGUUAAGCACGUCGAUGUGCUCCCUGGUUUUACAUUCAGCUUAACAGUGAUGUCUUUCAUGCUGCCUAGUUCUUUGGAAUGCUUCUUCAAAAUCUCCUGUAACGGGCUUCCUUCUCCCUCUCUAAUCAUAAACAUUUCUUGCCAGUUUAGCUUGAUCUUCUUCACCCACCAGCGACCCAUCUGAGCGGGAUAAUUCCCUGAAACGACGUACAGUGGAAGGAGUCUUUUUCUGUUUGUAAUAUUCCACUGCCACAUACACAAAUCCUAACACUGGUAGGGACUCACCAGUGUAUGUCCUCAACUUCAAUUUAGUCUUUCGAAGAGCAAGGUGCUGUAGUUUGGUAUUGUAAACAACGUUGGAUAUUAUGGAUACACGUGUACCAGUGUCCACCUGCAUCUUGACUGGUUGGUUCUCCAGUAAUGGUGUGACCCAGUAUCCAUCCUCAUUGUCGUCAAUAAUAGAUAAGAUAUGCACUGUGUCUUCCUCUGACUCACAAUCGCUCAUCUCAUUUUCUUCAUGUUCAAUCUUAUUCACAUAUUUCUUCUUAUUUUCCCCACUUCUCUGUCUCUCGUUAUACGGCUUGUGUGUGAGUUUUCUUACUUUGACAAACACGUUCAAUAUGGCCCUUCUUACCACAUGUUCUACAGUCGAAGUCUUUACACCAACAUUCAGGUGCCUGGUGUCCGGCUUUUCCACAACGGUAACAUAAGUGGCCAGCUGUCGUUUUCUUUGUGGACGCCAUGAACACCUUAUGCACUUGGGUUGACUCACUUUACUGUUGUGCUUCUUUUGCAGCCAUCUCCAUUGAUGUACUCAUUUCAAUUGCCUUCUCCAGUCGUAGGUUAGCCUCUGUCAAUAAUCGUUUUUGAAUAGCCUCACUGUGUAGACCACACACCAGUCGGUUACGUAUUGUGUCACUUCACGCCAGCCCAAAUUCACAAUAUUCAGAUAACUGUUUUAAUACAGCUACAAAUUGUGAAACAGAUUCCCCCACUUCCUUUUAUGGAAUAUGAACCUCUGCAAUGACCAGCGGCUUUGGUGAUUUUUUUAAUGUUAUCUAUUUCCUCAUAUGACUUGUUUCCUGGCUUGUCUGGUUGUACCACACUACACAACAGGUUGAAUGUUUUUCCUCCCAUAAUACUCAGAAACAUUGGUACUACAAUAUCCCUUUCAAUCUUGUUCGAUAGGAUAAAGUACUCAACCCUAUGAAGUCCAUUGUCUUCUAUUUUUGUCAAAUGGCCCCAUAUGUCCGACCAGCCAGCCAUCUCAGCAGUAAGUCUUGCAGUAACUUUUACUUUCCACCGCGGAGAAAUCCUCCACUCCCGCUGCAGCGACGUCCUACUUCGAACGCGAACACGGCCGUUUAUCUCACCGCACCGACUGGUCAGCAACGACGUCGCGUAAUACACCCGUGAAUGAACACUUUAAAAGCGGAUUUCUUCUUAUCACAACGCCGAAAACAACAAACGUGAGGUCGUACCUCAUCGACAGUUUUGUUAUAUACUUGUCUGUGAGAGUAUAACAAUCAAUGAAGACACGGGAGACGGGAAGCCAUUGCAACUACAUUUGUAUUCUCUUCUUUACUCAACAUUGUCAUCGUAAUGACGUCACCAUCGCCCAGCGCGCAUAUGUAAAAGAGGACAACAGAAGAGAUUAAUACACAACAGUAAUAAUCCAUUUUUUUCUCUCUCUCUCUAUCUCUCUCUCCCAUUCCCCGCGAUUCAAAAGUGCCGAGUGAAGUGUUGCAAGUGCCUUUAGUGUCAAUGUAUGCAGCCGGUGAUUGUGACCUAUUCUUGACAGGUUGACGAUGGACACAUUGUGUGAUGUAAGUGUCUAUUUUAUACUUGCAUUCCAGUGGCCACUAAGCAGUGUGACACAAUCCUGCUCUGGGCAGAGUUCAGAAACACCUCAGCUUCUUUGUUCAGAACAGGAUUCAGAUCCAUGUUUCUCAAAGGUGGAGGCUGCCUCAAGGACACGUAGCAACUCAUUGACAGCAGGGUUGUAUUUAUAUUGCAGGACUGAUGGACAAACAAUGUUGGAGAUGUGUUUGAAAGAUGCGUUACUGGCUGACCUGGAAUCGACCACUUCCCACAUUUCAAAGCGACCAGUGUUUUUGCCAGACGAGACCCCCUACUCCAUCCCCACCAGUGGGAAUUAUUACCAGGAUCAAUCACUUGCGCCUCCAGUCCCUCCUCCGCCCUCAGCCGAGGCUCUGAAUGGUUCGCUGAAAGACCACUCCCAUCACUCCUCUCAGCAGUCUUUAGAUUCAGCCCAGAAGACCUCAUGUUCGAGGGAUAGUAGCAGCUCUCCGUCUCAUAUUGAAGAGGACCACGUCUAUAGCUUUCCAAACAAACAAAAAACAUCAGACUCGUCGACGGCAGCCAUGACCUCUGCCCUGGGCAGCAACUUGUCGGAGCUUGACAGACUGCUGCUGGAGCUUAAUGCGGUUCAACAGAGCUCCCCUUCAUUCCCAACUACAGAAGAGAGGCCUCCACCUCUACCAUCCACCAGCAUCACUCACUAUGAGAAUGGCAAUGCCCCUCAUAUCAGGGUUAGCCCUCCCCCUCAGGAGGAGCCCAAGCGGAAUGGAACAAGGCAGGAUGAGGUCCGGCCCAAAGUGGAGAGUCUUUUAGACGAGCUGGAGGGUUCAGUGCCUUCAACCAGCCCUUCCCCUCGCCUCAGUGAUUUGGACAGCCCCUCUCAACAGCAAGCACGGAUUUCAGCUUCAUGUGCCACAAGAGAGUUAGAUGAGCUGAUGGCCUCUUUGUCUGACUUCAAGCCCGGCUCUUCUUCUACCUCUCCUCAUCCUCCAGUCUCUACCUUCGCCCCCCCAGUGGCUUCUCCUUUCCUCAGUCUGUCCCCCCCAUCUACCUGUGCCUCUCCUAUGUUCUCUUUGCCUGCUGGUCUACAACUGCACAUAGAUGAGGACGGAAUAGAUCGGGGCUGGUCAGCGGCCCACCUGAAUCAUCUCGCAUGUCACAGUCCUAUAUCGUCCGUUUCUGCAGCCAGUGAUCUUGACUCCGUCGCAGAUGUAUUUGCCACUGUUCCACCAACCCCUAACAAUUCCCUGCUUAUCCUCACUGCUUCCGUAAGGAACAGCCAGCAGAGAAACAGUUCAAGCCCAUCUACUACUCCCUCAAUGACUUCAGUAAACACUGUCUUGGACCACAAGACCUCCAAUUCACCUAGUCCAUCUGUGGAGCGUGUUUCAUCCUCAGCAGCUGCUUGUAAAGUAUCAUGUUCACCUGAUAAUAUGAUCAACGGCUCUUUUUCCAUCCAAGAUCCUAGUUUGACUCUCUCUGUGUCAAAGACUCCUUCACCUCUCCCUUGUACUUCCUUAGUAUCUCCACCCUUUACCAGUAACUCCCUCAAAACCUCCUCCUCGGUCUCUUUGGGCAACAUUUCUUCACCUACGGCCUUCUCAAGCUCUUCGAUUCCCAGUGGAGAUCUGUUGCAGCCAGCAGCCACAGCCAAGUGUACCAGCCCACUCAGCCUGCAUCAACUCCCUGUAGAAGAACCAUCCCUGGAGGAAGCGCUGGACAAGCUGCUAGAAAUGAGUUUUUCACAGAGUCAAUCAGCGGAUCUGCAGUUCCACAUGGAGGCGAACUGUCUCGACAGAGGAUCACCCGAGGUGCAGGAGGAGCUCAUCCUGCCCGUGGACAGAAACAGUGUGCAGCCUGACAUGUUCACCUGCACCACCAACACCAUCACGGAUGAAUCAGUGGACGGAGGUACCGACACCAAUGGAGAUCUGGACUGGGCGGAUGAAGAGCUGUCCAUGUCCUUCCAUGACGGACUGGAUGGCACCCUGACGCCUUACACUGAGAGGCUGUACACGGAUGGCAGCGUGACUCCGCUGACAGAAGCGAGCUGGAUGGACGAGUCCAUGACGCCGUCCACGUGCCCCGGGACGCCCGACGUUGCCCUGGACAUGCCUUUGCUGCAGCCGCCCAAUAUGGACAGAGUGUCUGCCUCUGGACACGUAGGCAUCUCUUUUGCUCAAUGCAGGACGUCCUUGUGUUCCUCCCAUGUAACUUUGUUUGCUUAUUGGAGUGACACGUCACUACCAGCUAGGGGCUGCUGCUGCACCCUACACCUUUUCAUUUGAAAAGACUGAAACAUCCCUUUUAGCACAUUUUGUCACAUUUCUGAACGCCUCAGUGUUGACGUUAACAUAGAUUGCUUUGCUGUUCUACUUACAAUAUGUUACCAGGAAAGCUUAGCUGUAAGUUGUUUGGGUUUCUAGAGGGUGUGAGAAGAAUGGAAGGGUUUGGCACAGCAUGGAGGAGUGUGACUAUUAAGCCCCUUCCCCAACUACUGCAUCCUUGCCUGUGGGUGAUUGGAAAGGUCAUCAUGUGACUCACCUGCUCGGUGUGUUGUUGCUGCUUCGACUGAGCCGUGGUUAUUGUGAAUUGAUGAUGAGCUGCUCACCAUUCCUGUCUAGAUCAAGUCCAUGAUAAGGCGCACUAAGGAGACCCCCAAUGUGCACCCUAUGUAUCGAGACGGUCUCCUGCGCAGGAAAAUGGGCCCUGUCAUUGUCAACAAAAACUCCUCCCAGGACCGCCUCAUUGAGGAGCUUCAGGGCAAGCUUGGUAUCGGCCGCUCUGAGCGCCGGCGUAAACAGUCAGAAGAUUGGCUGACGGACGGGGUCAUUGUCACCUCCAAGCCUCAACGCUUCCGUCCUGAUGGAGCAGCUGGCGAGGUGGACAAGGUUGGCUGCAGUGUUCUCAACAUUCCCUCGGUUGAUUGACCUUCAGUGUCUACACUGUUUCCCUCUGCGUGCUCCCUUCUGUGUCUCUUUCCACUUUAGAUUGUAAUUGCGCCCAGGUCACCAGUUCCCGUGAGAAGGCUUCACCCGCCUCAGUCACCUCCCUCUCCUCGUCAUCCUCCUACCAUUGA